AGGCGGGGCUGGGGGGCGGCGCGCGGUAGUCGGUGUGAGGGCGGCGGAGCCGGCGGCCACCAUCAGUAUCGGCUUCUGCUCCCCGGCUGCUUCUCGGCAGCUGCUCCCGCUGCUCCUCGCCUGUGGCUCGCAGCGCCGGCCCUCCGGAGUCCUGCCGGUCGGAGGGGAGCGCUCUGAGGCUUCUCCCCUUGUCUCCCAGUCGGAACUAUCGCCCUCCGCGGAGCCGUGAGGAGGCUGAGGUUGCCCCUUCCCCCCGCUCCCGGCCUGCCGGCGUGGGGUGCCUCUUCUGCCCGUUUCCUUCCUCCCCGCGGGACGGAUGAAUUGAUGGAGCAGGAGCAGGAUGCUGGUUCUGCCUCCAGCCAAUGCUGUGUGGUGCCGUGGUGUUUACCCAGCUUACGCAAGGCAGAGCCGGCCCCUCUUGAAGGCAGGAGGUGCUUCCCACGGCUGAAGUAAAAGCACACAGAGCAGUCACUCAGUCUGGCAGUUGCUGGGGCUUAAAGGAGUUGGUGGAUUUCGGCUGAUUUUAAACAAGAUCAGAGGGUUGGAUUUUUUUCUUCUCCACUGUGUAGGAAUACUGCAAGGACACAAAUAUCCUGGAAAUAAUGAAAAAAGUGUGCCACAACUCUUGAUCAGAGACCUGAAGUUUGAGAAGUCAUUAGCUAAGCUCAUGUUUUCUCCUGAUCAAGAAAAUCAUCCAUCAAAAGCACCAGUCAAAUAUGGUGAAUUGAUUGUAUUGGGGUACAAUGGGUCUCUCCCAAAUGGAGAUAGAGGGAGAAGGAAAAGUAGAUUUGCUUUAUUUAAAAGGCCCAAGGCAAAUGGGGUGAAACCCAGCACUGUGCACAUUGCCUGUACCCCUCAAGCAGCAAAGGCAAUAAGUAAUAAGGACCAACACAGCAUAUCUUACACUUUGUCUCGGGCCCAGACAGUAGUAGUUGAAUAUACUCAUGACAGCAACACAGAUAUGUUCCAGAUUGGUCGGUCAACAGAGAGUCCUAUAGACUUUGUAGUAACAGAUACAGUUCCUGGGAGUCAGAGUAAUUCGGAUACACAGUCUGUGCAGAGCACAAUAUCAAGGUUUGCCUGCAGAAUCAUAUGUGAACGUAACCCUCCCUUUACAGCAAGAAUAUAUGCUGCAGGAUUUGAUUCCUCAAAAAACAUUUUUCUUGGGGAGAAAGCUGCAAAGUGGAAGACAUCAGAUGGGCAAAUGGAUGGACUAACAACAAAUGGAGUUCUUGUUAUGCAUCCUCGUAAUGGAUUCACAGAAGACUCCAAGCCAGGGGUGUGGAGAGAGAUUUCUGUGUGUGGGAAUGUGUUCAGCCUCCGUGAAACCAGAUCAGCUCAACAGAGGGGAAAAAUGGUUGAGAACGAGACGAACCAGCUGCAGGACGGCUCCCUGAUCGACCUGUGCGGGGCGACACUGCUGUGGCGCACGGCCGAGGGGCUCGCACGCACGCCCACCGUCAAGCACCUGGAGGCUCUGAGGCAGGAGAUCAACGCAGCCAGGCCCCAGUGCCCCGUGGGCUUCAACACCCUGGCCUUCCCUAGCAUGAAGAGAAAAGAUGUUGUAGACGAAAAGCAGCCGUGGGUGUACCUGAACUGCGGCCACGUGCACGGCUACCACAACUGGGGGAACAAAGAGGAGAGGGACGGCAAGGACCGCGAGUGCCCCAUGUGCCGCUCCGUCGGCCCCUACGUGCCUCUGUGGCUCGGGUGUGAAGCGGGAUUUUAUGUGGAUGCCGGACCUCCAACUCACGCAUUCAGCCCAUGUGGACACGUGUGCUCAGAAAAGACAACUGCAUAUUGGUCCCAAAUUCCUCUUCCUCACGGUACUCACACUUUUCAUGCAGCCUGUCCCUUCUGUGCGCAUCAGCUGGCUGGUGAGCAGGGUUACAUCAGGCUCAUUUUCCAAGGGCCUCUCGACUAACACAGGUGUUCCCAAGGACUGCAGUAAACUGAUAAGCUAAGCGAGUCUUGUUUUUAAACCAACUGUUUUUCGUAUUCUCUGGGCUUUGCUGGUUUGCAUUAAGAUGAAGAAUUUUUUGGGUUUUUUGUUACAACAGCUAAAUCCCUCUUUAUUGAGAAAAGUCUGGAAAUAGAAGAAAUGGGGGGAGAAGGGGGAGACCUGCUUUUUUUCGUUAUUAACUACUUCUGAAGAGGUGAAGCAAGUGUUGUAGAGUGAAAUUCAAUGCCUUCAGUUUAAUGGUUUUUGAAUCACAUGCCCACAGUGUUUGAAAGGUGUUUCAUUCUUUUUGUAUAUGGAGGGUAAAUAGUUCAAAGAACAUUAGUUUACAGCCUGGAUGCAAACAUUGUAAAAUAUAACAUGUAUAUUAACUCUUUUCUAUUUAUCUUUAUUAUUGAAAAUAUUUAGAAUGUUUAGAGAGUAGCAUGGUCAUAGUGUGUUACAUCCAGCAAUUGGAUGUGUAGAGUAGUUCUGGAUGGAGAAGAACGUGGGAUGAAAAUGGUAGAAAAAUCUUUAAAUCUAAAAUACUGAGUUCUUAGAAUAGUUAAAAUGCUUUUUAAACAAAGCUAAUGCAAAUUAUGAUGGCAUAAAGUUGUGCUUUAACCAUGUUGAAAGGUAGAUAAGAAGGACUUCUUAAAUUGUCUUUUUGGUAGGACUGUACUUAAGAUCUGGUUAGGAGGAGAAUAUUUACCAGACUCUUUGAAUAUGCAACUUAGUCUAGAUUAAGGAUUUUUUUCUCCCUUCACGCUAACACUUCUCUUUAUUUAGCAUUAGUGACAUUUGUGAGGGUUUUUCCAAUGUUAAACAUGAACAGACCAGAAAGAUGAGGCUUGUUCUGUUCCUUGCUGUUUGGGGGUGAGGGGCGGCGACAGGGGGAGAGGUGGAUGCACAUGGGCAUGUGUGUGGGGAGCAGUUUGUGACUUGACCACAGUCCCAGCGUGAGAGGAGUUUGUCAGCUGGAUGCUCAGCCUUCCACCUGCUGACUGGUGGGAGGGCCUCAGGCCUGGCCUUUGCUCCUCUGCCAGGUGCAGCUGCUCAUCUGGGCCACACGUGGAACAGAGGUAGAGCCUGGUAGCCAGGGGAUGUGUCCCUGCAUCCUUGGGCAGCUGGGCACAGCUGCCAGUCUGUUGGGAGAGUUGGGGCUGGGCUGGGCUCAGACCCUCUGUGAGAUGCUGCUGUGGGCUCUGCUUACUCUGGUCUCUGUCUGCUCUCCUCUUACUCCCCCUCCUUCCCCUCUGUAUCCACCAGAAAAGACCAGUGUACUACAUGCAGCUCUGCUGCCAGCCCACUGUGCUUCAUGGCAACCUGACCUUUUUAGCAUUGAUUUGAGCUUUUUUUGGCCAGCUUCGUACAUUUUUUUAAAAUACGUACUGUAUAAUUGACAGUAAGAAAAUUUCUGUACCUUAUAGCAAAGCUUUAGCUUUCACUUUUCUUUUGAAGCUGUUCUAAAACUUCCUUUGUUUAAAGAGA